AUGGUUUCGACUGAAGAGCAAAUUCCCUCGCCGGGCCAAUGGCCCGUUGACCCUCAGGAAGAUGAACCGAUCUUGGAAGACCGAGUUUGGGUUGAUGGAUGUUUCGACUUUACCCACCAUGGUCAUGCCGGUGCCAUGCUUCAAGCCCGUCGGCUUGGAAAAGAGCUGUAUGUUGGAGUUCACUCCGAUCAAGCAAUUCUCGAAAACAAAGGCCCCACGGUCAUGUCUCUGGACGAACGUGUCGGGGCCGUCGAUGCCUGCCGGUGGGCGACCCGAAGCAUUCCCCACGCACCCUAUGUGACUUCCCUGCCCUGGGUCUCGCACUAUGGCUGUAAGUACGUCGUUCAUGGGGACGAUAUUACGUCCGACAGCGACGGAAAUGAUUGUUAUCGGUUUGUCAAAGCUGCUGGUCGCUUCCGGGUGGUCAAGCGAACUCCUGGAAUCUCUACCACCGACCUCGUUGGCCGCAUGCUCCUGUGCACCAAGAACCAUUACAUCAAAUCCCCCAAGCAGACGCUCGCCGGGGAAGAGGGAUCGGGAAGCCCAGAAGAGCUCAAGAAAUCCGCCGCAGACCUCUUGCAGAGAAUCCAGGACUAUGCGACCGACGAGAGCGGUCUGCGUCCGGGAUCCCAGGUAUGGAGUUGGUCUGGUUCCGGUACUGCGAAGCUGGACCAUACGGCCGAGGAAGCUGGCUUGUUUGAGAAGCUCGUAGACGGCAAGGGUCCCCGACCGGGACAGCGGCUUGUCUAUGUGGAUGGCGGCUUCGAUCUUUUCUCGUCUGGUCACAUCCAGUUUCUGCGAAAGGUCAUGGACCUUGAAGAAUCAGAAGGGCGUCAGCGAGGCUGGUUCGAUCCUGAGCAAAAGGAACAAAGACUGAAGGAGCAUGGCGAAGACUAUGCCUCUGCCUAUAUCAUCGCAGGUAUUCAUGAUGACGAUGUGAUCAACCACUGGAAAGGAUUGAACUAUCCGAUCAUGAACAUCUUUGAGCGCAGCCUUUGCGUUCUCCAGUGCCGUUAUAUCCAUGCUAUUGUGCUUUCGGCGCCCUUUACGCCCAGCCAGUCUUACCUGGAGAAUAUUCCCUGGGGCACUCCAAAUGUUGUUUACCACGGUCCCACGACCUUCAUCCCGCUCACUUAUGAUCCCUAUACCGCCCCGAAGAAGAUGGGGAUCUUCCGUGAAAUCGACCAGCAUGACUUCCAGCAUGUCAAUGCUGGCGAGAUUGUGGGCAGAAUCCUGAAAAGCCGAGAAGCUUACGAGGCUAGACAGCGUGCCAAACUGGACAAGGGUGUUGCCGAGGACCUGGUGAAGUCGAAGGAAGAAUCAACCGCCUGA